AUCCCCCAGGUGCUGUGGACAGGUCAGAUGUGGCUGCUGCUGGUGGCCCUGUGCCUGGCCCAGGGGCUGGAAGAUGCCAUCCCAGCUGCUGAAGCGUUCUACAACCCUGAGAGGUUCAUGAACAUCAGCCAGAAGAUCCUUUUCCACGGCUAUCCCAGCGAGGAGUACGAGGUGAUGACAGAGGACGGCUACAUCCUGAGCCUCAACCGGAUUCCCCACGGCAAGGAGGACGCUGAGCUCUCAGGGCCCAGGACCCCUGUGCUGAUAGUGCAUGGGUUUUGCCUGGAUGGUGGCGACUGGGUGGACAAUUUCCCUAACAGCAGCCUGGCCUUCAUCCUGGCGGACGCGGGAUACGACGUCUGGAUCGGGAACAACCGGGGCAACAGCUGGUCCCGCCGGCACCGCAGCCUGUCCAUCGGCUCCGAGGAGUUCUGGGAUUUCAGCUUCCACGAGAUGGCCGUGUACGACCUCCCGGCCAUGGUGGACUUCAUCCUGAUGCAAAGUGAGCAGGAGAAGCUGUUCUACAUCGGCCACGCUCAGGGCAGCACCCUGGGUUUCAUAGCGUUCUCCAGCUUGCCACAUCUGGCCGAGAAAAUCAAACUCUUCUUUGCCCUGGCUCCUCUGUACACCUUCCGCCACGCCCGGGGCCCUGUGUUAAAGCUAGCCUUUCUGCCAGACCUGCUGCUCAAGGAAAUAUUUGGAACCAGGGAGCUGGUUCUGGUGGGGAGGAAGGAGAAGCCGCUCCUGGUUGAGAAGUGCAGCAGGCCUCUGGCAGCUCAAGUGUGUACCGACACCAUCUUCCUCGUCGGAGGCUUCGACAGGGACAACUUGAACAUGAGCCGACUGGAUGUGUACCUAUCUCAUUUUCCAGACUAUACAUCAGUAAAAAAUCUUCUGCACUGGGGACAGACUGCAAAAUCUUCGGAGUUCAAGCAGUUUGACUACGGGCUGAGAAACAUGGAGAAGUACAACCAGCUGACGCCGCCCUUUUACCGGAUUGAAGCCAUGAGCGUGCCGGUGGCCGUGUGGAGCGGGGGCCACGACUGGGUCACUCCCCCUGUGGAGACCCAGCGGCUGCUGCCCCGCCUCACCAACAUCGUGCACCACGAGCACUUCCCCGACUGGAACCACUUCGACCACCACUGGGGCCUGAACGCCCCGCAGCGCAUGUACGGGCGGAUAGUGGCUCUGAUGGAGGAGAAUCCGUGACUCCAUCCAUGAAUCCAUCAG